AAAACUCACCACCAAGAAAGCCACACAUACAUAGUCUUUAGGACGAGACGGUACUAAGGAAGGACUCGGGGCUUUCAAUAUAUAGGUCUUCGUAGUUAAUACUGAAGCACACAACAUUUCGGUCUGUUAAUUUUCCGUUUCAGUGAUGCACAAAAUAAACCAUAAAAGUCAAGAAGACAAGUCAAAGUACAGAUCAGUGUUUUUUGACUAUAUCCGUAUUGUCAAAGGUAUUGUGUGGGACAAGGAAAAUGAGCGCUCCCGUUACGACUUGUGGCGUCGUUUUGUUAAGCGCUGGAAUGAUAAGCGCAUGGAUGAAACUUGGUACAAGCAUCCCUCCCUCAAACGCUCCCGAAAUGUUGUUUUAGGACCAGCAAGACCCACACUGGAUGAUUUAUACAAACAAGAAGAAGUUAAAAGUCGUCAACAUGAAGAGCAAACGGUGGAACGGAAAACACAAUUUGCUCGACGAAAGCGAGAAGAGACCGAGCUUCUAGACGAAAUUGCUCCACGGGAACCGUCCGGCAGUAAACAAGCAAGCUUACAAAAGAAGAGACUGAAAAGUUAUGCGAACAAAGUUUACCGCGAUGAAGCGGAAGACGACCUAAAUGUUGAUGAAAAAAGUUUAAUGGGGUCUGAAGAAACUAUCCAAGAACGCAUCGAACGACAAAGAAUGCGACAACAGGGAUUUGAGCAAAAACGUAAAAUAGCCGAUCUUGAAAAAAUUGAGCAAUUCCAAAAACGGUUACAUGAAAAAGAGUUAAAGGAACAAGAAACUAUAGAACAUUUAAGGAAGCUUGCCCAGGAACGGUUUCAAAAACACACCACCUAAUAUCGUGAUUACUCUUUCAUAUUAGCGUUACCAUGUUAUCUCAUUGAUUAGUUUAUUAAUCGUUCAGAACAAAAAAAAGGAACAUUAAGAGAUACAAUCACUCACCAAAAUUAUCUUUACCAUAAAUCUCUUUGCUUGACAGGACACCAGCAUUUUCAUCAAGAUAUUUCGAAGGUGCCGUGGGAGUCUGAAGCUUGUGAAUGAAUGCGUGCUUAAGCGUAGAGUUUGACAGGAACGGUGUAGACUUCCCAAACAUGAUAGGUCUUCCUCUGUUCCUUUCAAUCUGAAGGAACUCGUCAAACAUUUUGAUGUCUGGCUGUGAGGCUGUUUGUUGACAUCUUGCGUUCAUGAAUUCAUUCAACGCUUGCGUUUGUGCAAGACCGAAUAUCCAGUUACCAUACUGCUUCCGUAAUUUUUUUACGAAUUUGUUCUGAUUAAAGAAAAUUCCACCUUGAAUCAAAAGUUUAGGACCUUGCUUCUUCGUGGUUUUUGUCAAGAAACCUCUGUAAUUCAUGAGCACUCGAGUAAAAACACGCAAAAAUGCAGCCUCCACCCGCUGCUGAUCAAAACACGCUGGCAGACAUGGAAGCACAACGUAAUCCAAAAGCUCGGGUUUCACAGAAACACCGCACGAUUUACAACGAAGGAAAACACCUUCCAAAAUCUCUCCAGUAAUUGAGCACGCAACAACAUCCGGUACAUUUGCACUGCCAGAAUUUAUUGGCAAAAAUGCGUGACCUUCAUGAUACAGCUCUGCUGCCAUUUCUGCGUCCUGCUUGGCUUGUUGCCCUGCUAAUGCGUACGUGUUUAAUGACAUAAAGUCGGACUUGUCGGGAUAAGAGCUUAGAGUAGAUGCGUAGUAGGGAUAAGCAGACAUGGCAGAAACAGAGCGGCGGUAACGCAUAGCUGAUGAAGGACGAACCUCGAGAGACUGGUGAGGUGUCGCGCGUGACAAAUCUUCCAUGGAUGGAUACUCACGCACAGAUGAUAACGGUGUUCUUCUAAUAUUGAGGGAGAAUCUCGGCUGUGACGGUGUAAGGUACUGUUUGUCUAAAGUUUUCGGGGGAGCAAAGGCGUUUAAAACAGGCCGGAUAGGUUUGCUUUUGCAUGACUUUAACGAAGAAGAAUGCAGGCUUAAUAGUUCAGGCACUAAGAAUCGGGACGGUCUGCGUGAAUGGGAAGAAGGAUGCAGUGGUACAAUGUGUGAAGGGUAAGACUUUUUGACAUACUCCGGAACACCAUACGGUACUCGAAAGUCAUGAUGCAUAGGGACGGAAAAUCGCAGGGAAGAAGCCAGUUUUGUUCUAAUUAGCGGAGGAAGCCGUUCUAGGUGACCGUCAACACGCACGUUGUUAGAGUCUAAGUCACAAAUCACAAGAGUGGUAGUUUCAUCUGCACACAAAGCUUGUAAAUGAUUACAAGGUGCCUCUACUCCGAUGAUGUAUGAACACGGUGCCUCGAGACACGAAAACAACCUUCGUGGCAACACCGGAAUUAACAGCCCUUGCCAUGUCAAAGGAUAUAUAAGCUGACAAAGAGUACGAAUAACGUAGCCCAGGGCAGCUGCAGUUUUUGAAACAAAAACAAUUUUGCAUUCCAUCAGGGCAGCCUCAAACAAAGUGAUAAUGUUUUCAGCGCUGAGCGAACGGAAUAGAGGAUACAUAUCGAUAGCAUCCCAAUUCUCAAUCUCAUUUGAAGGAGCCCGCGAUGCAAACAGCUGAAGAGGUCCGCAAGUAACAGCGAACUUUUGGAGGCCUUGAGGAGGGACGGGUACUUGUUCACAAAGAUUGCUGAUGUGUGCUGGGAUGGAUAGAGCUUUAAGUCUCUCCAUCAACAUUGAAGACACAAACUCCAGAUUGUCAAGCUGCAUGCUACUGCAUGUAACCUUCAGCCAAUCCCGAUAAAACGGUUCAAAUUGAGGAUACCGACUUAGGAUUCCAUAGGCCUGAGGGGCCCAAAUACCCGUAGCAUUUGUUAAGCCAUGAACACUACUGGGGAUGCCGUGACGAACAGGUUUUAAUAAAUAUUGCUGAUAUCGCUGAUCUUUGAGUGAACACUUGGACAUGCGAAUAAGGAGCUUGGACAAUCUCGAACGUUCUGUUAUGAGUUUUGUAGAAAAACUUUGUGCGAGCUCACGUUCCUCAACGGGUACAUGCGUCUUGCGCCAAGUUUCACACUCUGCCUCAAACAACUUAUACAAUGAGUUGGAUAUGGGUAUCCAUGUGACAAGACACAUACCAAAAAGACGAGUGCCAUCUUGGUCUGUCAACAUAAAUGAAUGAUAUGUGGACUCCGGACGAGUAUCCGAUUGUUGUAUUUCGAUAUCGCUGGGGAAAGCAAACAUGGGCAAAAAGUUUGGGAAGUUGCAGCGAAUAGCAAAGUUAGUUUUCGCCUGACUCUUAGGGUAUUUGAAAAGAAGGGAUGGUGGGUAUUUUCGUUUAAAAGGAUGAACAUGAUCUGGGUAUACGAGGGGUUCUGGAUAUGCAACAUAAGCUUCAUAGGCAUCCAAGUUUGUAUGCACGGUGCCAAUGCUGACUCGUUUGUUUCGUUUAUGUGACAACGAAGCGUCUCCAAGAGCAAUUGAAGUGCCGCUGAAGCUUUUUCGGCUAAGAGUAUGGGAGAGAAGGGUUUCGGAGUUGUUUAAUUGAUCCAAACUGCCGCCCGGGCUGAAUGGUGGCCCAUCGACAGAUUGUCUACGAACACUUCUGGUUGUGUUUCGGCGUAACAGAAGUACAUUCUUUCGUUCUUCCAGCACAUCAUCGUCGCCAUCAGUGACAUUCUCGUCUAACGAUGCAGACGAUGUCGU